UCUGAAAACAGUCCAGAUUUACAAGGAGAGAGGUGUUAGUACAAUCUGAAUAAACCACUUAUUCUAACGGUACGUUUAUGUGCUUGAAUCUUAAGGACACGGACGUAGGUGAACAUCAAGUAACGCUCUGGGAUUGACAUUCGGUAUGAAUUGAUGAAAGCUGCAGCAUUGCUGAGAUUUUUCUUGUGUGUUUGUACUCCGAAACGUCUGUUUGAAGUUGUAAAACAAAUAUCUAACGACGAAAUACGUUGCUUAUAUAGUUUGCUUGAACAUGCAGGUGAUAUUGAAACACAACACUGUUAAAAUUGAACUCUAUUUGGUUUGCGGUCUUUGAACAUGGGUAUUAUACGUUUCAUAGCUGGAGGCAUUCUAGGCUGACGUCAAUUUUGCGGCAGCGUCAGAGUUAUCUGCCGGAGAAUAGGUAUCAUUAAGAAUAGUUUCAAUCGUAAAUGCCUUUCUUUUGAUUAGAAUGGAGAACUAAGCUAAUUUAUCUCUCAAUGGGUAAGCAAUUUAUGCACCUCAGGUCGCAGCAACUCUGCAGAAACGAUUAACAUUUUAAACCCCACACUUAAGCCGCCUAGACACGUUGACGUCACUCAAUGACGUCAAUGAAGCUUGUUUUAAUAUAACUUCAACGAUCGAGCAAAAUGUUUAAAUAUUUAUUGCGCAUAUUUAUUGCAUAUUGUUAGUGAGGUUUGUACAGGCUGUUUGAUGCCGUGACCACUUGCGUUUAGUUUCAAUUUGUGGCAAGUAGGCGGCCUGUUACGGAACACGAUCUAGUAAAUGACAGUGUUACGCCGUCGGUCUUGUACGUCAAAACGAAAAAACUUCACCGUGUUUGAAUCAAAAGCGAAAAUAUCGGGAAUAAGGAAUCAGUCCUCGAGAUAUUGACAACCGUACAUCUUCUGAAGUGCUCUAAGCAGCCACAUGCGAAUUUGUCAGGUAACAGACAAAUAUGUCAAGAUGUCAAAUGCAUGAGGUUCCUUAAACGAACUGCCUGAUUGAGCCUGAUGCGUGCAUACCACGCUGCAUGCGGAGUAAUGACGACGGACUGGAGACAGAAAAUUGCAUGACAUUACUGUUGUCAUAGGGAAACUCAUGCCUGUUUUCAAUAGCAUUAUUGUGGAGGGCCAUUGCGAAAGGAAUGUUUACUUAUAAGUGCAAAUGGCGGAUGUAGAAUCUUCCCUUUCUUCCUAAACGUAGCUCAGUUAGGAACACUUCUGUUAUGUUAUAUUUUCAAUCUGUGGUACACACGUCAAUAUAAAAACACUCGACGUUCGCUACUGCAUAAAACAUGAUUGAUAUGUAGCGUCUUGACGUCAAGCUUAUGCAACCGCGUAAUAACGAGGGAUUGGGAAUAAGGUUGAUCCGUACCACUGUUUCGAAGGCCAUUCGAUUUUGUAUUUUAAUUCAAAACGUCUUUUGUGUUUGCUCUUAUUUUGUUUGUUUCAGAUUGUUAUAAGGAAGAGAGUACUACGGACAAUUUGCUUUGAUUCAUUUUCGUCCAAUCAGCUAUUAAAGGAUUUAAUGGUGAUUACUUAUUCAUCAGCUUUAUGAUCAGGUCUUGUUAUUUUGUGCCAUUUCGAACGAUAAUGACAAGCCUUGAAUAUUUGAGACCGUUUGUUGCUCACAUUAAUUAUUAGGUGAUGAUGCCUGGAAAUCACAUUUAACUUUAAACUGGGUAACGGCAAAGCUUGGUUGGCCAUGUCGAGUACAAAGAAUGACAGUGAGAAUGAAUAUUCUGCAGAGGAAGUAGAGAAAUGGCUGGAUGAUCAUCCUGAAUUUGUGCAUUCGUACUUCUCACGUAAAGCUAGUAGAAGUUUGUUUUCUCGUACGAGACCUAGGACACAAUCUAGGGAUGCUAGUACUCCGCCAACAUCAGGAACAUCUACUCCAGUACGGAAGAUUUCUGCCUCUGAUUUAGAUACGAGCAUGAGAGGCGUGCUAAAACCAAUUCUUAAUGUUGUGGAUGGCCAAACUAGCUUCCUUAGUCCAGAUCGUGAAUAUUAUACGAAGUUAAAGAGGGCAUCGUAUAGAAAAUCUAGAGAGGAACUAAGUCGUUUAGAUGAGACCGAAUUGAUGAUGGAAUUAGUAAAAGACAUUGCAGAGGAUUUAGAAUUACGAAGUCUGUGUCAUAAAAUAUUACAGAAUGUUAGCAUUUUAGUGAAUGGCGAUCGUUGUUCAAUGUUCCUAGUCCAAGGCUCGGUGGAUGGUCCUAGAUGCCUUGUGUCGACGGUAUUUGAUGUAAAUGCCGAGUCUAAAGUUGAAGACUUAGAUGAUUUAGAAGAAAUACGAGUGCCAAUAGGCACAGGUGUUGUAGGGUACGUGGCUGAGAAAGGAGAAACAGUAAACAUUGCUAAUGCAUAUGAGGAUGAAAGAUUCAAUCAGGAAAUUGAUAAGAAAACUGGUUAUAAAACAAGAAGCAUCUUAUGUAUGCCAGUAAGGAAUAGUUUUGGAGAGGUUAUCGCAGUAUCACAAGUUAUAAAUAAACAUGGGAUUGGAAAAAUUAACCAUACCUUCACUGCGGAAGACGAAAAGAUUUUCAGCCGCUUUCUCACGUUUUGUGGUAUUGCUAUUCACAAUGCAGAACUCUAUGAAACCUCGCAAAAAGAAAUAAAACGAAAUCAGGUUUUACUGGAUCUUGCAAAAACGAUCUUUGAAGAGCAAUGUUCGCUAGAAAAUAUAGUUCACAAGAUCAUGAUGAUUACACAGUCGUUGCUGCAGUGUGAACGUUGCUCCGUUCUUUUAGUGGAUCAGAAUUCCAAGAAUUUAUUUUCCCGAGCUUUUGACCUGGAAGCGAAGGACGUUAUGUUUAAUGAAGACAACAGUACGGCUGUAAGGACGAGAAAAAGUAGGGCUGAAGUACGGUUUCCAGUCAACAUUGGUAUCACUGGCCACGUGGCAACUACAGGACAGACCUUGAACAUUCCGGAUGCGUAUGCAGACCCACGCUUUGAUCCAAUCGUUGACGAAACCUCAGGAUUUAAAACGAAGACCAUACUUUGUAUGCCUAUUCAUAACAGCAGUGGGGAGAUAUUGGGAGUUGUUCAGCUAUUAAAUAAAGUCGACAACACGCCGUUUAACGCCAAUGAUGAAAACCUGUUUGAGGCGUUUGCUAUAUUUUGUGGAAUGGCGAUACAUAACACUUCUAUUUAUGAAGACGUCCAGAAGGCAAUGGCGAAGCAAAGAGUUGCCUUUGAGAUAUUGUCUUACCAUGCAACAGCGUCGCCAGAAGAAGUGACGAAACUAAAGAAAAUGGAAGAUUCUCCAGCAAUCUCAAGAAGUUUGUUAGAUUUUGGUUUUGACGACGAUACCCUCGAUGAAAUGAACACGUGUUACGCAACCCUAAAUAUGUUUUAUGAACUCGGCCUACAUUUACGUUUUGGUAUCGAAAAAGAUGUACUUUGUCGUUGGAUAAUGUCCGUAAAGAAAAACUAUCGUCACGUUACAUACCAUAACUGGCGUCAUGCUUUUAAUGUAGGACAAACGAUGUUUGCUAUCAUAAAGAGCAGCACUGUUUGUAAUUAUCUUUCCGAAAUUGAAAGAUUGGCGCUGUUAGUCGCUUGUCUUUGCCACGAUUUGGACCAUCGUGGAACUAAUAAUUCAUUUCAAGUCAAAAUUGAUUCACCUUUAGCCCGUCUCUACAGUACAUCAACAAUGGAACAUCAUCAUUUUGAUCAUUGCAUCAUGAUAUUGCAUAGCCAGGGCAAUGAGAUUUUUGGCGGAUUAACUACGGAUGAAUACGAAGCCGCGUUUAGGAUGCUAGAACUUUGUAUAUUAGCCACAGACUUAGCUUUAUAUUUUAAAAAUAGGAAUAAAUUUUUUGAAUUGACACAAAACAGUACGACGGAUUGGCAUGACAUGGAUAAUAAACAGUUACUAAGUGCGAUGAUGAUGACCGCCUGUGAUGUGUCAGCCAUCACUAAGCCAUGGGCAGUCCAAAGAAGGGUUGCGAAAUUAGUCUCCGAGGAAUUUUUCUUACAAGGGGACUUAGAAAUGGAAGAGCUUAAAGAACAACCAGCGGCUAUGAUGGAUAGAGGGAAAAAAGAUAAAUUACCAGAAAUGCAAAUUGGAUUCAUAGAUGGAAUUUGUUUGCCAGUUUAUAAGGCAUUCGCAUUGUUGUGUCCAAGCUUGCAACCAAUGCUUGACGGAGUUCUUGAUAAUAGAAGACAUUGGCAAGAGUUAGCCGACACUCAAAAGAGGAAAAUGCAAGAAAAUCAUCGACCGUAAUAGUGUCAGAUAUAAUUCACGGAAGUUCGCUGCGGAUAACAAGAAAUCUUGCUUUCUUUGCAACUGUAUAAAGCUUGUAAGAAUAAUUAUGUUUGGACAUGUCCAACCAUGUCCACAGUGCAAUCUUCCCCAGACCGAUUGGUGCAAACUGGUAUUGUUUUUAACAACAGAAAUCCGUAAAUUAUUGCUGAUAAGUGACUCGUAAAGCUCUGGCAGAUCAUCCAGGUGAAUUUCUGGAGCGUACUAUGCACGCAUGGUCUGGAGUCGAGCGGAAAGUUUUACACGUUGUGAAACAAGUGACGGUAUAAAGAAGUAAGAAAGGUUUUAUGCAUGCCUAAUGGUAUAUUGCUCUGCCACUACAGGCAGUUAACCAUCUUCGGUUUGAAGGAAGUCAUCUUAUGUAAUCGUUGCCCAUAUAUUGAGAAACUCAAGACCAGGAGGAGUUAAUACGUAGUGUUGUAAAUUUUGUAAAUACAAAUUUGAGGAUGCAUAGAACAAUGCUCUUGGUUAGCCAUGUAUAGUAUAAUGUAGUUAUAUAAAAAGAAAUAUAUAUACAUAUAUAUUGUGCUUUCUGAAAGUUAGAAUAGGUGCACCUGUCUUCAAAAAUAAUAUAAUCACUUCUUUUUACGAUAAUUUUGCGAUUUUUUCAAGAAAAGGACGCGUACAG